UGGACAAACACAUAAUGGGAAGCCAAUAAAGAUACAGGCCAGCUCCUUGACGAAACCCUUCAAUCUCCUCAACCUGCCAGGAGUCGGACGUGGAGGAAUGGAGAUGGUCGGCAUUACGGGCGUCAACUCGUAUUUGCUGCAGAAUCUCAAUCAGAUCAUAGCGGCCGGCAUGGGGGGCUCGAUGCUCGGUCAGUUCUCGCAGCAGCUGCCCCCCUGGGCUGGUCAGAUCAAGCCCGGAAUGUGGCACCAGGAUAAGAUGCCUGGAGAGGAAGAGGAAGUGGACGAUGAAGAAAUGGGAGUCGCAGAAACAUACGCGGACUACAUGCCGCCAAAGGUGAAACUAGGUAGAAAACACCCGGAUCCUGUGGUGGAGACGGCGUCGUUGUCGUCCGUGGAGCCGGUGGACGUGACGUACAAGCUGAGUCUACCGGACGAGACGAUCCGGGGCGGGCUGCUGUCGGCCUUGCAGCUGGAGGCCGUGGUGUACGCGUCGCAGGCCCACGAGCAUACGCUCCCGGACGGAACCAGGGCGGGCUUCCUCAUAGGUGACGGUGCGGGCGUGGGCAAAGGUCGCACGAUAGCCGGCAUUAUAUUCGAGAACUACAUCAAGGGUCGGAAGCGAGCCAUAUGGGUGUCCGUCUCCAACGAUCUCAAGUACGACGCCGAGAGGGACCUCCGGGACAUCGGGGCCGGGAAAAUUGAAGUCUACCCUCUCAAUAAGUUCAAGUACGCGAAGAUCUCGUCGGCCGUGAACGGCAACGUGAAGAAGGGGGUCGUGUUCGCCACCUACUCCUCGCUCAUCGGCGAGACCGCCAGCAACAACACCAAGUACAGGUCCAGACUGAAGCAGCUGCUGCAGUGGUGCGGGGAGGACUUUGACGGAGUUAUCGUAUUCGACGAGUGUCACAAGGCAAAGAACCUCUGCCCCGUCGGCUCCGGGAAGGCGACGAAGACAGGUCUGACGGCCCUCGAGCUGCAGAACAAGCUGCCCAAGGCGAGGGUGGUGUACGCGUCCGCCACCGGGGCCUCGGAGCCCAGGAACAUGGCGUACAUGGUGCGCCUCGGGAUAUGGGGGGAGGGGACGCCCUUCCCGACCUUUAUGGACUUUAUUAACGCUGUGGAGAAGAGAGGCGUGGGCGCCAUGGAGAUAGUGGCGAUGGACAUGAAGCUGCGCGGGAUGUACAUAGCGCGCCAGCUGUCCUUCCACGGAGUGUCCUUCCGCAUCGAGGAGGUGCCGCUCUCCGACGCCUUCAAGGAGACCUACGACAAGAGCGUCGCGCUGUGGGUGGAGGCCAUGCAGCGGUUCACGGAGGCCGCCGAGCUGAUAGACGCGGAGUCGAGGAUGAGGAAAACCAUGUGGGGACAGUUCUGGUCUGCUCAUCAGAGGUUCUUCAAGUACCUGUGUAUUGCGGCUAAGGUGAACCACGCCGUGGUGACCGCCCGCGAGGCCGUGAAGUGCGGCAAGUGUGUCGUCAUUGGCCUGCAGAGCACCGGGGAGGCGCGCACCCUCGACCAGCUCGAGAGGGAUGAUGGGGACCUCACGGACUUCGUGUCCACCGCCAAGGGGGUGCUGCAGACGCUUGUGGAGAAGCACUUCCCGGCGCCGGAUCGCGACCGCAUCAACCGGCUGCUCGGGCUCGGCGCCAACAGGCCGCCGCCCCCCGCGCCCCCCGCGCCCCCCGCGCCCCCGCACAACGGCACCAACGGACGGGACGACGACGCCAACACGUCCAAGAGAAAGUUGACGUCACGCCAGCAAGCGAACGCCGCGGCCAAGCGCGCCCGCGGGGGCUCCUCGUCCGACGAGUUCGUCCGCGGCGGCUCCUCCGACGAGCUGGAGAUGGAGUCCGACGAGGAGCAGCAGCGGGCCGCCUCCGACUCCGACCUCAGCGACUUCAACCCCUUCAGGGGCGGCAGCGACAGCGACGACGAACCCUGGCUGAAUCGCAAAAAGAAACCAAAGAAGAAGAAGGCUGCAUCUCCCAAGAAGAAGACCUCGACCACGCAGGACAAGAUCGAGAACAUGUUCACCCGCAAGAACAGCGCGCCCUCCGCCCCCACCCUCACCGUCACCACCAGCUCCGGCGCCAGCCUCACCGGGACGCCGGUCGGCACCAACGGCCUGUAUCUAGGUCGCAGCCGCAGCAGCGCGCCGCCCCGCUCGGCCAUCGAGCGCGCGUGCAGCAUGAAGGAGGAGCUGCUGGCGGCCGUGCACCGGCUGGGCCGCCGCCUGCCGCCCAACACGCUCGACCAGCUCGUCGACGAACUGGGGGGCACCGACAACGUGGCAGAGAUGACAGGUCGUAAAGGGCGCGUGGUCCAAACAGAGGACGGACAGAUCUUGUACGAGAGCCGAUCCGAGGCGGACGUGCCGCUCGAGACCCUAAACCUGACUGAGAAGCAGAGGUUCAUGGACGGCGAGAAGGACGUGGCCAUCAUCUCUGAGGCCGCCUCCAGUGGUAUCUCAUUACAGAGUGAUCGGAGGGCGAGGAAUCAGAGGCGACGAGUUCACAUCACAUUAGAGCUGCCGUGGUCCGCGGACAGAGCCAUACAACAGUUCGGGCGGACCCACCGCUCCAACCAGGUGAACGCCCCGGAGUACAUAUUCCUGAUCUCGGACCUGGCCGGGGAGAGGCGGUUCGCGUGCACCGUCGCCAAGCGCCUGGAGUCGCUCGGCGCCCUCACGCACGGGGACCGCAGGGCCACCGAGACCAGGGACCUGUCGCAGUUCAACAUCGACAACAAGUAUGGUCGCACGGCGCUGGAGGCGGUGAUGCGAGCCAUCAUGAAGUACGAGACGCCGCUGGUGCCCGCGCCCGCCGACUACCACGGAGACUUCUUCCAGGACGUGGCCAGCGCGCUCGUCGGCGUGGGGCUCAUCGUCAACAGCGACGCCGCGCCGGGCGUGCUCGCGCUCGACAAGGACUAUAACAACAUGUCGAAGUUCUUGAACAGGAUAUUGGGCAUGCCGGUGGAACUGCAGAACAGACUCUUCAAAUACUUCACGGACACGCUCGCCGCCGUUAUGGAACAAGCGAAGAGGAGCGGUCGGUUCGACCUGGGCAUCCUGGACCUGGGCAGCGCGGGCGAGACCGUGCGGCGCCUGCGCUGCGUGCGCUUCCUGCGCCGCCACGCCACCGGACGCGCGCCUGUCGAGCUGCACACCGUCUCCUCCGAGCGCGGCAUGGAAUGGACUGAGGCUCUGGAGAAGCACUCGGAGCUGACGGGCCCCAAGGAGGGCUUCUACCUGUCGCAGCAGGCCCGCAACAGCAAGCACACCGCCGUGCUCUGCGCCGCCGCGCUCACCAACUCCAAGAAGGACAAGCUCAGCAAGAAGGACCUCAUGUUUCAGAUAUACAGGCCGAACACUGGUCUGCAGCUGCGGCUGGAGUCGCUGGCGGAGAUCGAGAAGAAGUACCGCAAGGUGGAUGCGGACGAGGCGGAGAGCUGGUGGCGCGCGCAGCACGCGGCGUCGCUGCGGGUGUGCUCGCACGCGUACUGGCGGGACGCGUGCCGCGCCGCCGACUGCGAGGUGGGGCUGCGGCGCCGCCUGCACCACGUGCUGGCCGGCUCCGUGCUGGCCGUGUGGGCGCGCGUGGAGGCCACGCUGGCCGCGCGCUCGCAGCUGCACAAGAUGCAGGUCGUGCGCAUCAAGACCGACGACGGACUCAAGAUUGUCGGCACGCUGAUCCCCAAAAACUGCGUGGAGCCGCUGAAGGAGUCCCUCGCCGCGGACGCCGUCUCCGUCACGGAGCAGACCUUCGAGCAGACGGAGCUACACUGAGCCCCCGGCCUACCGCGUCUCUAUCCGUCUCGUUCCCACGCCUGAGGGAGUUCACGAGGGAGAGCGGGACGACGCGCAGAUGAAGUUUCCUAAAUGUAUUGUUAAGUAUACGUUGCGCAGUUCGUAGAUAGGCUCCGUUUGUCGGUUCGAUCUGUACUCGGAAAUGUACAAAGAUUUUUAUUUAUAUUUUUAAUUUGUAACGCGAUCACCACCGCCGUAGGAACGUGCACAGACGUCGCGGACACGAGGGUAUCGCUCCCGAAGACGAACGGCAGUUUUACUAUGGGGUACUGUAGCCCAUAGACAUCUACAACGUAAAUGCGCCACCCAUUUUGAGAUAUCAGU